AUGGCCCCCAAAGACGGAAAUGAAUCGGACAAUGAUGAGGAGAUCCAAAACCAGAUGACUUCACAAGAAAUAGGGACAACAGAAGAGAUAAGGGCGUUAAAACAACAAAUGGCAGAGAUGUACGAGGCUUGGAUGAGUGGACAACCUCCACCCUCUUCAAUCCGAGACUAUUUUAAUACAAAUAUGUCUCACCCUAUCCAGGUGUUGACAAGCGAUCCGAUAUAUCCCCCUGGAUUCAGCCCCUAUGCUAACACAUUCAAUGUCGCUGGAACUUCUAUGGUGCGCCCUUCGAAUACGCCUGUGAUAAGUAAUCCACUCUUUGUGUCAACUGCCCCGACUAACAGCAUCCCGCAGCCAACGAUGGUGCCCAAAUCCAACAGCGAUCCUCCACCCAAAGUUCGGCGUGAUCAGAGUUACACUCUUGAAGAGGACAUUAAAAUUCAAAGCUCUCAUCCCCACAUUCAUCAAUAUAGUUCCCCUGUCGAAAUUGAGAGGAUGGUCAAGAAUGAGGAACAUGAAGAAAUGACUAAGAAGAUGAAGAGUUUGGAACAGAGUAUAAGAGAUAUGCUAGGACUAGGAGGCCACAAAGGCAUCUCGUUCAGUGACUUGUGUAUGUUUCCUCACGUCCAUUUACCUGCUGGUUUAAAAACUCCAAAGUUUGAAAAAUAUGAUGGUCACGGAGACCCCAUAUCUCAUCUAAAGAGAUAUUGCAACCAAUUGAGGGGUGCAGAGGGCAAAAAAGAGUUACUUAUGGCCUAUUUUGGGGAAAGCUUAGUAGGGAUUGCAUCUGAAUGGUUCAUAGAUCAGGAUAUCACCAACUGGCACACAUGGGAUGAUUUGGCUCGAUGUUUUGUACAGAAAUUCCAAUAUAAUAUUGACAUUGUGCUAGAUCGCUCCUCGUUAGCCAACACGAGGAAAAAGACCACGGAAAAUUUUCGUGAAUAUGCUAUCAGAUGGACGGAACAAGCUGCUAGGGUUAAACCACCGAUGAAGGAGUCAGAGAUGAUUGACGUUUUUCUCCAGGCGCAAGAACCUGAUUACUUUCACUAUCUGCUUUCUGCCGUAGGGAAGACAUUCGCUGAAGUUAUUAAGGUAGGGGAAAUGGUGGAAAAUGGCAUCAAGUCUGGAAAGAGUGUAAGUCAAGCUGCCUUAAAAGCCACAACAAAAGUGCUUCAAAAUGGUUCUGGAAAUAUUGGAGGGAAGAAGAGAAGGGAGGAUGUGGCCACUAUUGUAUCAGCGCCUAGGACUCAUGUCCAAGGUAAUUCCCCACAACACUAUUUUCCUUCCCAAGCUCCACAAUAUUCUGUCCCAUACACUCCAUAUCAUGUUUUUAAUGCACAACCAAUUGCACCCCCUUCUUAUCCACAAUGGCGUGCACCAACUCCACAAAAUCAUCCACCACCCCCACAAGUUCAUCAAAAUACUGCUAGAAUUCCUUUCCGUCCUAGACCACAAUACAAAAAGGGAAAUGGCGUUAAAGAUGAGUUCACUCCUAUUGGGGAGUCGUAUGCUAGCUUGUUCCAAAAAUUAAGGACGUUGAAUGUUUUGAGUCCUAUUGAGAGAAAGAUGUCGAAUCCUCCCCCGAGAAAUUUGGAUUAUUCUCAACAUUGCGCAUAUUGUUCUAAUGCCCCAGGGCACAACAUAGAGAGAUGUUGGUAUUUGAAAAGGGCCAUUCAGGAUUUGAUCGAUUCUAAUCGAAUUAUAGUUGAAAGUCCGAGUAGACCCAACAUCAGUCAAAAUCCAUUGCCGAGGCAUACUGAAACAAACAUGCUAGAAAUGAUGAAGGGUCAUGAAGAGUUUGCAUCUCCGUAUAAGCCAAUCCUUAGGGUUGGAACUGGCAUUGAGAAGUCAGCAAAUGUUGUUGAUUCAAAAAUGAUGCCUUUAGGGGAGGAAAGUGUGUUAGAAAAGUUGAGUCCAUCAAACACACCCAUCUUAACUGUGAAAGGAGCCCUGGAAGAUGUUUGGGCAAGUCCGAGUAAGGCAAAAUCGUUUGUUCCAAAAAGGCCAAACAAACCUAUCUUGAUCGUGCAAGGGGCCCAUAUUCCUCCUGUGAUUAUCAGGCCAGUAUCCCAGCUCCCAAUGACUAACCCCAAAGUUGUUCCCUGGAAUUAUGAACCUACUGUCGUGACAUACAAGGGAAAAGAAGUUGAUGAAGAAAUAGAUGAAGUGGGAGGAAUAACCCGUUCAGGAAGAUGUUAUGUCCCGAUGGAAUUAAGGAAAACUAAAAAUGACCAAAUACAAAUAAAGAGUCCGGUCACUGAAGGAGAGGUAGAGGAAUUCCUAAGGAAGAUGAAACUAUCAGACUACUCCGUGGUGGAACAAUUGAGAAAAACUCUAGCCCAUAUCUCUUUGUUGUCUUUGCUAAUACAUUCUGAUGAACAUCGUAAGGAUGUGAUGAAAAUUUUGAAUGAAGCACAUGUUCUUAGUAAAGUUACAAAAUUGAAUGUUAGUGCUGAAAGGGUCCAACCCAACAAUGUAUGUGUUAGAGCUUUUGAUGGGUCAAAACCAGAUGCCAUUGGUGAGAUAGAGCUCGUACUAACCAUAGGGCCUGUGGAUUUCACUGUGAAUUUUCAAGUGUUGGAUAUCAACGCGUCCUACAAUCUAUUGUUGGGGAGGCCAUGGGUGCAUAAGGCUGGAGCAGUCCCCUCAACGUUGCAUCAAAUGAUUAAGUUUGAAUACGACCGACAAGAAGUGAUUGUUCGUGGUGAGGGGGAUUUGUCAAUCUACAAAGAAUCUUCCUGCCCUUUUAUCAAGGCUGAUAAUGAGAAUGAGGCACUAGUUUAUCAAGCUUUUGAGGUAGUGGUUAUUGAGCAUGUCCCCGAGGGGAGUGUCAUUUCAAAACCAAAUAUGCCCAUCGCGUCUGUAAUGGUGGUGAAUGAAUUGCUGAAACAUGGGUUUGAGCCGGGUAAAGGCUUAGGAAUCUGCUUGCAAGGGAGAGAUUAUCCGUUGAGUCUACGAAAGAGCAUCGGUACUUAUGGAUUAGGCUACCAACCUAGAAUCGAGGACAAAGUGAAGGCAAAGAAGAAUAAGAGAGAUGUAUGGUCACUUACCAAGCCUAUACAACCAAUCUACAAAUCUUUCAUCAAAACCUGCGCAACAGGAUCUUAUCAAUCAUCUUUUCCAGAGCCAGUGAUGAAAGUAAGCGAAGAAAUGAUCAACUAUUUUCAAGAUUUACUUGUCGAGGUUGAUAUGGUUGAACUCGGAGAAGGCACUAGCGACAGAGAUGUGCAAUUCAUUGGUCCUGAUGUCAAGCUAAACAAUUGGGAGGCCACCCCUCUCCCCGUUAAAGACGAGUCUUGUUCUUUCUAUGCCAAUUCAAGUGAUAUGACAUGCAUGCAGAAUUUUUCGCCAGAUCUUAAUAUCCAAUCUAAUCUUCGACCUAAUAUUGAAAUAAUAAGUCAAGAAAUCGAAUAUGAUGAAGACAGAGUAUUUGAGGAAGUAAGGAGGGAUUUCAAUCAUUUUGAAAAUAAGUCAAAUCCAAACAUGAGUGAAAUUGAGACGAUAAAUUUGGGGGAUCAGGAAAUUAUUAAGGAGACUACGAUAAGUGUACAUGUUCGACAUCAAAAAGAUGAUAUAAUCCAGGCCCUAUUUGAUUACAAAGAUGUUUUUGCGUCAUCUUAUGAUGACAUGCCUGGAUUAAGUACUGACAUGGUUGUUCACAAGUUGCCAAUUGAUCCUAAUUUUCCUCCGAUAAAGCAGAAGUUGAGAAAACUCAAAAUCGACAUGAGUAUAAUAAUUAAAGAGGAGAUCACAAAACAACUUGAGGCCAAAUUCAUUCAGGUCGCUCAAUAUCCUUCUUGGUUAGCCAAUAUCGUACCCGUCCCUAAGAAAGACGGCAAAGUUCGAAUGUGUGUUGAUUAUCGCGAUUUGAAUAAGGCAAGUCCAAAAGAUGAUUUUCGUUUGCCUAACAUCCAUAUUUUAUUGGAUAAUUGUGCUAAACAUGAGGUUGUAUCUUUUGUGGAUUGUUAUGCGGGCUACCAUCAGAUUAUUAUGGAUGAUGAAGAUGCAGAAAAAACAUCUUUUAUCACUCCAUGGGGUACAUAUUGUUAUCGUGUUAUGCCUUUUGGAUUAAAAAAUGCAGGGUCAAAUCAUGUGAAAGACUUAAGAAGAUUCUUCGAAAGGCUCCGCAGGUAUAAUCUCAAGCUUAUUCCUGCAAAAUGUGUAUUUGGAGUACCAUCGGGGAAGCUUUUGGGGUUUUUAGUCAGUCGAAGAGGUACCGAGUUGGAUCCUUCAAAAAUAAAAGCAAUUCAAGAAUUGCCACCUCCAAAGAACAAAACUGAGUGGGUCGAAGCAGUAACUUUCAAGUCAGUGACGAAGAAGGUCGUGGUGGAUUUCAUCCAUUUCAACAUCAUCUGUCGGUUUGGUAUUCCAAAGGUGAUUAUAACUGAUAACGCCGCAAAUCUCAACAGCCACUUAAUGCAAGAGGUAUGCUACCAAUUUAAGAUUGAACAUCGAAAUUCGACUUCGUAUCGCCCAAAGGCAAACGGGGCUGUAGAAGCUGCUAACAAAAAUAUAAAAAAGAUACUUCGUAAGAUUGUGGAAAGUUCUCGACAAUGGCAUGAAAAGUUGCCUUUUGCUUUGUUGGGUUAUCGCACUACAGUCCGUACGUUAGUGGGCGCUACCCCAUAUUCACUGGUUUACGGGACUGAGGCAGUUAUACCUGCAGAGAUUGAGAUCCCAUCUUUACGAAUCAUUGUGGAGGCUGAAAUUGAUGAUGACGAAUGA